UAAUCUCAUCUCCAGCCCCGCGGUCCCUCGGCGUCCUGGGGUUUACACUUUCAGGAAUCUUCACCUUUUCCCCUUUAAGAAGCGGAGACCAGGGCAAUCAUACAGAUGUAGAAAACACGUGGUUCAGCAGAAAGCCUGCAUACUCGGGACUUCCUCUCUAGUUUGACAUUUUUGUGGUUUUCUGAUUGUAGCCAGCGCACUGGAAGGAGAGCCAUCAAUAACCGAACACUUUUCAGUGCUGCAACUACUGACUUUCCGAAGAAAAGAAAAAGGGAAUUCUGUUUUCCACAGACGCAACAGAAUAGAGUCUGCAAGCGCUGUUCUGGCGGAACUAUGGGAUUUUGAAAGGAUGCUGGAGGUGAUCUGACAAGUUCUGUUUUCUUCUUUUUUCAAAACUUGGGAAGUCUGCAAGUUUACCUGUGCUCUAUUGGAAUUUCUGUUUCCGACAUUGCAAUUCGCUCAACUGAGCCUUUUUGAGCGCAUGUUGUAGAAAUGCACAAGAAGUAGCCUAACAUUCAAGGCUGAAGACUCCCAUGUCCUUUAGAAACGAUACAGCUCUAUACAACACAAUGAAAGACGACUUUGCUGAUGAGGAGGAAGUACAGUCCUUUGGAUACAAGAGGUUUGGAAUUCAAGAGGGAACGCAGUGCACCAAGUGCAAGAAUGACUGGGCAUUGAAAGCAGCCAUUGUACUGCUGUAUGUUCUGUGUGCCUUGUUAACUAUAGCAGUAGCCAUUCUUGGAUAUAAAGUUGUCCAAAGGGUAGAAACUGUGAGUGAGGGCAUGGUGGACUAUGGAGGCAAGAUCUCAGCUGUGGAGACAGACUUAAAGAAGCUUGAUAAUCAAGCUGGGGAGAAAUCAGAGAAUGCCACCACCGAGAUGCAGGCCUUCAAGUCCAACAUCCAGCUGAUGCAGAAACAGCUGAGCGACAUUGCUAAUAAGGCCCACAGCAACAAGGUGGCCCUGGACAAGCUGCAGGAUGCUGGAGAGAGCAUGCAGAGCAGUCAGAGCACUCUGCAGGGCCUGCUGGACAAUAACUCGGACAUGAUCCGCCGCGUCAACAGCACCCUGCUCAACUACAGUGGCUACAUCAGCGGCCUGCAGGAGGACACGACGCGGCUGCAGGCCGACCUCCAGGGCCAGGUGAGGGACCAGAGCCAGACGCUGGUGAGCAUCAACAGCCUUAACCUCACGCAGGCUCAGCAGAGGAGCCUCAUCAGUGCCCUGCAGAAGUCUGUGGACGACACCAGCCAGGCCAUCCAGAAGAUCAAGAAUGACUUCCAGAGCCUGCAGCAGACAGCGCGGCAGACGCGCACCGACGCCGACUGGUUGAAGGAGAAGGUGCAGAACCUUCAGGCCCUGGCAGCAAACAACUCCGCCCUGGCCAAGGCCAACAAUGAGUCCCUGGAGGACAUGAGCGCCCAACUGUCCAGCCUGAGCAGCCAGAUCCAGAACACCUCGGUGCUGACGGAAGGGCAUGACCAGAGCCUGCGGGAGCUGAUGGACGCCCAGCGAGACCAUGACAACGUCACCUCGGCCAAGUUCGACAGCUUUGAGCUGCGGCUGGAUCACUCCGAGCAGGACAUCGACCGCAUCACGGGCAACAUCAGCUUCACCACCCAGCUGCUGGGUGCCAUCAACACCAACCUCAAUGACUUGCGCACUUGCGCCGAGACUGUGGGCCGCCACUCCGACUACCUGCUCAACCUCAAUAGCACCAUGGUGGACGUGCGUGGGGAUGCCAAUCUCCUGCGGUCCCAGCAGGACGUCCUGGCUGCUCGGCUGGAUAAGGAAGUUACCAGCCUGUCCAUCGUCAUGGAAGAGAUGAAGUUGGUGGACAGCAAGCAUUCACAGCUCAUCACCAACUUCACCAUCUUACAGGGUCCUCCUGGUCCUAGGGGUCCACGGGGAGACAAGGGACCACAGGGCCCGGUGGGGCAGACAGGCCAAAAAGGGGAGAAAGGAGACAAGGGGAGUCUGGGGCCACAGGGUCUCCGGGGGGAGAAGGGAUCAGCUGGACCUCCUGGUGUGCCAGGGUUCAAAGGUGUGCCUGGAUCUCGGGGCAGUCCUGGUCCAAAGGGCUCUCGCGGAUCAGGGGGCAGAGCUGGACCCCCAGGGGCCAAGGGGGAGCCUGGUGCAGCAGGGGUCCCUGGGGCUUAUGGACCACCAGGGCCGCCGGGGCCGCCGGGGCCACCUGGUGCACGAGGGGCAGUUGGAGCCACUGGAUUGCAAGGGCCUCGGGGGCCAGUGGGCCCUGUGGGACCUGUCGGGCCACCUGGACCGCCAGGACUCCCUGCCAAACCAGCACCUGCCCCUGUAGCCCCGGUAUCUCUGCAGGGAGCAACUGCUAUCCCUACCAUCAAAACUCCAGGAUGCCCUCCACAAUGGAUCAACUUCAGAGACAAAUGCUACUUCUUUUCAACGGAGGCUCGCAAUUUUGAUGAGGCAAAGAAAAGCUGUGAAGCAAUGUCGUCAUCAAUGAUCAUUGUCAAUGAUACAGAAGAGCAGGAAUGGUUGCAGAAUGAGAUAGCUGGCAAGAGGUUCUUCUGGCUGGGCCUAACAGACCAGGAUGAGGAGAAUGUGUGGCGCUGGGUAGAUGGAAGCCUGCCGACCUUCACGAAGUGGAAGCCAGGUCAGCCUGACAACUGGACCCAUGGACACCAGCAGGGGGAGGACUGUGCUGGCCUGAUCCACCAGGGCCUGUGGAAUGACUUCUUCUGCGAUGAUCUCAAUGGCAUCAUCUGCGAGCGUGACAUGGAGAGCUCAAAACAGCCAGAAUUAUAGCACCCGCCAGGGGGAAAGAAAGGGACGUGCAGCGGGACUGAAGGCUUCUGAAAAGGCUUCAGAGUCUGGCCAGAUGUUUCAUAGCCCUUGAACUGGCACCUUAGCUUUUUCAUGCCAAAAAAAGAGACGCUCUUAUGGAGUCAGAUGGAAGAGAAACAACACACUUUGUGAUUGCGGUUUUGUCUACAACAUGGAGUGUUACCGCUGAUAAAAUUCACUCCAUUCCCGAACAGAAGUGCUCUACCCAGCAACUCACUUCAGCCUAUACAAGCACCAUGACAAUCAAGACAAUCAAGAUUUUUUUAAUUGUUAUAUAGUUAAAAAUCAAAUCAACUGAAUCAUUUAAAAUUGUUAUGUCUUUUUUAUGUAGUAUUAAAAUUACAUCCCACUUAUGAUCAUAAUUCACUUUUUAACUCAUUUUCAGAAUGUGUUUUGACAUUGCAGAUCAUUCCGGUAAUAGAAAUUCAGACUUUUCCAGUGCCAAAAUGAAAAGACAAAGGACUAUGAUGUGUGCCUUUAGUUGUUGUAAUAUUGCUGUUUCUCAGAUUUUCAGUCAAGCAAUACAGCGCUGUUAUGUUACGUCUUGAGGAAGGCCUUUGUUAAACCUCAAGAAUUGUCUGGCUAUAUAUAGCUAUAUUAUACACGUGAAUUCAAAUAAAUACAAAUAUAUACAUAAAACUAUCCUGAAAAGACAUUUGGUUUGGUUUAAAGAAAAUUGUGUAAGUUUACAUUUUUUUUUACAAUAUUUUUAUAUGUAAAAGAUUUUCUAAAAAUGUGUAUUAUCGUGGAACCUGUAUUAUUUUCAUGAGAUAAUUUUUUUGCAAACUGUACAGAGAAACACAGUUGACCUCUUACCUACAAGUCCAAAUCAGACAUUUGAUGGCUAUUUCUCUCAGGGAAAUGCUAAUUUCCUGUUUUAGAUACUUUGGGCAAUUAGCUUCCUGUCCUGUCAAAUCUUUUGAACAAUGGCAAAAUGAUUGUGCUUUCACACUCCCCCAUUAUGCAGUGCCAUACAAAAUAAACACAAGUUAUGGAA